AUGGCUUGGGCUUUUACACCGCUUUUCACUGGCACCGUCACCGACCGACCGAAAAAUCACUGUACGGAACCGCACGGAAUUUGGAGCAGCAGCCACUUUUACGGGUUUUUCACGGUCCGGCCAGCGUCAGCGGACACCUUGCGCGUGCGGUUGGCGGUUGGGAAGCCGGCUCGCGCCCACUCAUCCCCGCACAAAAACCAGCAAAACAGGGACAUAAUUGAGCGUUGCGGGAAAACAACAAGGGGGAAAAUGCACGUACACACACAUCACGGAGGAAGCGGAAAAAAGGACAACGUGAUGCCUUUCUGCUCGGUCUCAGGGCCGGGUAUCGGUAACGUAUGCUGUGGCUUGUACGUAGACGCUACACUCGUUUAGGGAGCGUUGGUGGUGAUGGGGUUUCCCUGCUUUUUCUUUUUGGCUCUCUUCACUAUAUUCUCACACCCUCACGGACGAGUGGGUUUUGAGUGCGCGAGAAAGAUUGAGAUGCAUUCAGGUACAACAAUUGAAAGGUUAAGUACUACACAAGGUGAGAUUUUAUCCGUGAGGUUGAUAUUUGGCGUGAGGAUAUGAGCAGUACAUCGGGCACAAAUUGCAUAAGGGUUUUGAUUAAAAAAAUGGGAAAGUGUUUAUUUUCCGAUGGAAACCAAGAAAAGUUUUACCGUAAUUAUUAAAUCUUCUCAGGAAGAGCUCUAGACAAUGGAGCGACCAUCUCAAUUUAAUUUAUUUGCUUUAUCUCUCGACAAGCUUAGUUAGUUUU